UCACUUCGAGGAACAAUGAAGACAUCAUGGAAGAAGGAAAUUCACGGCAAUGGACAAGGACGAUGGUGUUCUAGGCGAGAUUGGUCAUCACCUCCAGAUUCCCGAGUGGACGCUUCCAGGCGGGUGUUAUAUUCCUCAGUCUUCCUAGGUAGUCCCGGUGAUGCCAGUAAUACGAGUAUCGGAAGCGGGGAAGGCACAGGGGAGGAGGACGACGACUCGAAUGGUAAAAAGAACCAGAAAAAGCGAGGUAUAUUUCCUAAGGUUGCGACUAAUAUUCUAAGAGCGUGGCUGUUCCAACAUCUAACGCACCCCUACCCCUCCGAAGACCAGAAAAAACAAUUAGCACAGGAUACAGGACUGACGAUAUUGCAAGUUAAUAAUUGGUUCAUCAAUGCACGACGGAGAAUCGUACAGCCUAUGAUAGAUCAAUCCAACAGAGCAGUUUAUUCUCCGAUUUCAGUAUACACCCACCCAGGACCGUCGGCCGGUUACCCGGACGCAAUGAGCUACAUGAUGGAUGGUCAGGCACAAAUGAUGCACCGUGCACCAGGCGACCCCACCUUCCACCAAGGCUAUCACUAUCCACCUGCGGAGUAUUACCCUCAUCACUUGUAAUCAACCAUAAAACCUUCAAGUGUCUUGUUUAGAUAAUUGUGUAAAGAAAAGUAUCUCGCACAUCACACAUUUAAGUAUAGGUGGAAGUACGCAGUGAUAACCGCUUCCCAGUGAACAUAAAUAUUCUAUCGACACAAUGAAAACAAUGUGGCCAUCUAAAGGAACCAAAAAGCAAGACAGCAGACAUGCAAGUUAAAAGAAUUUGAACGUUCUAAUAACGUAGUCCAGUACCAGUAAUGAAGCACGAAUGUGGAAGGUGCAAAUGCAUUGGCAGCUGAAUGGUGACGCACAGGUCAUACAACUAUCAACAUCUCCCGCAACCAACAAAGAUACCGAGCUUUCUCCGAAUGGGCACCACGGUUCAUUCGACACACAGAACACUAUUAGUCGAUAGUGGAACUAUUUUUUUUUAUUUUGCGACAGCCAUCCCCUUCCAGCAAUGCUUUGCUGUUUCUCAGAAUCAUUUCAACCAAACAUUUAAUGUAGUUCUGUACUGGAUAUUUAUUUGUUAUGUUUAUGUAAAUAUAUUUGGAUAAGUCGAUGCCUGCACACACACAUACAUCAUAAAAUAUUUCACAUUAAUAGAACAAUUAUUUAUGGAAAACAGAAACUACAGCUAUCUAGCAAUGAACUGAACGGGAUGAGCAUAGAUUAUGUUUCGAAAACUGAAGACGAAGGAAUUCGUCAGAUAAGUGUACAUCCAAUAUAUAUGGCAAACCAUUCCACACCUGAAGUUAAAAGCAUCGCUGAGAACCACCGCAGGUUAGCCAAUUAGUUGAUUUUCUACCCAAAAUAUUAGGAUUCUGGGAGAGUCAUCAAAACGUCUUCAGUUCAUUAUUCACUACAUCCGUUUCGCACAAAAUCAAGAAGAUAGAGCAGGAAUGUAUAUUGAAAGCUACCAGAACAUGAAAACAUUACUGACUGAUACCCAAUAGUAAGCCGAUUGUUCCAAGUGGCGUUGAUUUCUCGUAAAGCAAACAAAGGAAAACCCUAAUAACAAUACUAACUCUCUGUAAUUCUGUACACAGGAGAAUGAACGUUUAUCAGACUCUAGGAUAGUUAGUUUCGUGAGAUUACUUUCGACAUAAGAUGCUUCAAUUCAAAACGAACGGAGAAUCCCACGCGCAUAAGCAACCAGACGAUUCAGAAUCAGCAGAAACAAUAAGUUCAUUUUAGAAAAAAAAAACAAUUUCUUUGCUUCCCAAUGUGAACGUGAACCCCAAGUAUACUGAAUUUGAUAAAUUUUUUGUUGAGAAACCGAAACAACCCGCAAAAAAAAACAAGAAAAUGUUGCAUCGGAGCAUCUGUGGUAUUGUUGUAUUAUAGUUAGUUCUAAAAAACAUUAGGCGAUGUACUCCCUAAUAGAUAUUCCGAGAACGGAGCACAGAUAAACAUGCAUGAAACGCGAAAACAGGACAUUAUUAUUUCAAAUCAAUAAACGGAGUAACUCUAAGGAGAGUUGUUCGAAUGUGUAAAGAAACAAAGUAGAAUGAUUAUUAAUUUUCUACUCUUCUUGAAUUGUUAGCCAGAAUAUCAACAUUUUAUUUUAUUGUAUUUACUUUCCCAAAGCUUUGUAGUCCCUGAAUUCCCACAAAUGGUCGGUGCUAGAGCGCCAUCUAUUUUGCGGGAGGGUCUCAACUUGAACGAAUUUUUUGUAUAGUACGUAGCGAAUGAAAAAUGGCAUACGUUAGCUCAGCACCCUACACAGUAACACAUAAGUCACCAUGUUUUAAUUUAAUUAGUUGUAGGCACUUUUACCACUAUGCAUAUUCGGAAUUUAUUAGACAACAACUUCCUAUAAUUUUAUUGAUUUUUAUUUUUUUAAAAUCAAUCGAAAGUGAUGUACAUUAGGUAGAAUGAAAAAAAUGUUUCUUGUAGAGUUUUUUUUAAUUGUAUAUGUAAAAAUCAGUUCAACACGAGAAGACACAUUGAGCAAAUUUCUGUUUUGCUGUAGAAAAAGAGAGAAGCGUUGAGAUAGAAUCUAUAUAAGGUUACAUUGGUACAUUAAAUUUAAGUUUAAACAGAACACACCGAGAAAACUGUAACAAUUAGAAACGAUUGAUAAAUUUACCCGAAUUAUAAUAUUAUUUUGAA